AUGGCCCAGCAGCACGUAAGAUUAUAUUUUUCUUGCCUUUUUGGCAUGCCUCAUAAAUUUUUGUUGAAAGCCAAGCAUGGUGUAUCAGGUGAGACAAGAAGGCUAAAGGGGAAUGGAGUGGAAAAAAUGCGUACCCCUCAGCUGGGGGACUCAGUGUAUGGCCCCAGAGACUUCUACUCCAGCGGACUCCAGGGCAAGCCCAGAAAUCCAUUUGGAGGAGGCCCAGUUGCCAUGGCACCGGAGAUGCUCCCCAAGCAUCCUCAUCCCGGGGAGGGGGUGCGGGAAAAGGGGCUCAGGGCAGAUGCCCCCCUCCAUGGCAAUCUGGCAGGAGCGCCCCUUCCUCACUUUGCCGGGGCUCCCACCCAUUUCCCCUGAAAGAGGUUAAUCAAGGCUUGCUCGUCUCCCCCCUCCCGCCCACCCUAGCGUUUCCAUAAGGCUUGUUCACAGGCCCCUCCUAGGCCGGGGGUGAAUGCUCACUUACACUGA